GCACCAACAUCGGCGGGCAAGACGCUGGUGGCGGAGCAUGCGGUGCGUGCAGCACUCGGCGCCGGCGGCCGUGCCGUCUACGCAUCGCCGCUCAAGGCGCUCUCCAACCAAAAGUACCGCGAGUUGGGCCGCAUCUUCCCCGGCGAGAUCGGGCUGCUGACGGGCGACCACUCGGCUGAGCCGCAGGCGGGCUGCCUCGUGCUCACGACCGAGGUGCUCCGCUCGAUGCUCUACCGCGGCAGCGAACUCGGCGCGAGCGAGCUCGUGCGCGAGGUCCGCUGGGCCGUCUUUGACGAGGCGCACCUGCUCGGCUCUCCCUCGCGCGGCUGGGUCAUCGAGGAGGCGCUCAUCCUGCUGCCGCGAGCGGUGCGCGUCGUCCUCCUCUCCGCCACCAUCCCAAACGGCGCGGCGCUCGCGGGCUGGCUGGCGAUGCUGCGCCAGACGCCUUGCGAGCUCGUCCACUCCGCGGCGCGUCCGGUGCCUCUCCGCCACUACGUC